UGGAAUAGCCGACAGAAAGUUUUAGUACCACUUCAUCGGACUCAACAUGAACUACGGAGAAACUGGGACCAUUGUUCAAUUAUUUACACAUGCCUAGUGACAAACUGUGUCAUGUUGAUGCUGGCGUUAGUGUGUUUAGAUCUACUGAGCGAUAACUCGUGUUAUGGAACAGCAAGUGAGCGAUGAAGAAGAACCUCAACCUGUAGUCCUUAGAGAAGAGAUCCGGAGGAGGAGAAGAAAGGUGAAAGCCUUCACCUCCACCUUCUCCGUGGCCAUGGACCAGAUAGCCAUCGAGUUCGUCCUCCCCACCACCACUAAGAGUAGCCGCAGCCCGGACACCUUGCUCCUGGAGGUGGCUGGGAACUGGACGGUGGAGCAGGUGAAAGCCCAGGUGUGGCUGAGGGUAGUAGCCACCAAUCUGUGCCCUGAGUUAUAUCAGAAGUACUCCCCUGACCACUGCAUCCUGCUCUACCAGAAGAAGGGCAACUGGUGUGAGAUCUACGAUAAGCACCAGGUGUUUCAGACCCUGGACUGCAUCCGCUACUGGAAAGCUCUGAAGAAAGAUGUGGGGAAGAUCCACCUGACGUGCCGGCCUCAGCCAUCCGAGGAGUCCACACAGUACCAGAGGUACCUCAACUACCUGAUUGGCUCCGACGUCACCGACGUCAGCAACGUGCACGAUGACGAGCUGGAGUUCACCCGGAGGAAGCUCCUCACACCCCGCAAGAUCGAGCUGUCCGACCGGGACCCCAAACUCUACUCAAUGGACCCUUGGAUCACAUCCAAGCACCUCCCGGAGUACCUGCUCACCAAGGUGACCAACAGCCACAUCCUGCUGGUCAUUCACAGGAACAAGGCCAGCCAGACCAUCAAGGUGUCCAUCGACGACACGCCCGUCCAGGUGCUCCAGACCUUCUUUACGAAGAUCUCCAAUAAGAGGGUUCUGCUGGGAGUUCCUGAGGAUGUGUGUGAGGCAGACUACGUCCUGAGGGUGUGUGGCAGGGAAGAGUAUAUCUAUGGGAACCACCCGGUUAGGGACUUCCACUGGGUCCGACAGUGUCUGAAGAACGGAGAGGAGAUCCAUCUGGUUCUGGAGUCGGCUCCUAAUCCGGGUCAAGACCUGGUCCAGAAAGAGGACUGGGCACAGGUGGAUGACUGUACUGGAGUGGCAGGCACCCAUGAGCAGCUGACGAUCGACGAGAAAGACCACGAACGGGUCUUCACCAUCUCUCUGUGGGACUGUCACAGGAAGUUCAGGGUUAAAGUCCUGGGCAUAGACAUCCCGGCUUUGCCGAGGAACCCAGAGCUGAUCGUGUAUGUGGAGGCCAGUAUCUUCCAUGGCCAGCAGCUCCUGGCUCAGGAGAGGACCUCCUCCAAGGCUUUCACUGAGGAGGUGCUGUGGAACACCUGGCUGGAGUUCAAUAUACGCAUCAGAGACCUGCCCAAGGGGGCUCGCCUCAGCCUACAGGUGUCCUGUGGGAAGGCCCAGACCCAGAUCUCGAAGGGCACCUCCUCCUACCAGGACAACGGAGGAUCCACAGGUGGAGGUGGCAGCGGCAGCCAUGAUGGUAGUAAGACUAAGAGUCGUCUGCUGUACUACGUCAACCUGCUGCUGGUGGACCACCGCUCGCUGCUGCGCCAGGGAGAGUUCAUCCUCCACAUGUGGAAGAUGCCUGAGAAGACCGAGGACAACAGCAGCGUCAAUGCAGACAAGCUGACCUCAGCCACCAACCCAGACAAGGCCUCCUCCAUGGCCGUAGCCAUCCUGCUGGACAAGUACUGCUAUCCAGUGGCCCUGCCCAAGAGCAGGGAGGGCAAGGAGGCUGGGGAGGCCGAGGGAGGGGACAGGGGGCAAAGGGAGAUGCCUAACCACCUGAGGAAGCAGUUUGAGGCAAUUGUUGAGACCGAUCCACUGCACCCUCUCAGCCAAGAAGACAAAGAGCUGCUGUGGCACUUCAGAGAGGAGUGUAUGCGUCACCCCAGGGCGUACCCCAAGCUGCUGGGCUCUGUGCGGUGGGGUAGACAGGAGGCUGUCCUGGCCACCCAUAGGCUGCUGGAGAGGAGCUCUGUUUGGGACCGUAGUGUGCUGGAUGUGGGCCUGGCCAUGCAGCUGUUAGACUGCCACUGUUCUGACGCUCACGUCCGCUCCAUGGCCGUACGCAAGCUGGAGACCCUGGGGGACGACGACGUCCUGAGAUACCUGCUGCAGCUGGUCCAGGCUGUGAAGUUUGAGCCGUACCAUGACAGUGCCCUGGCCAGGUUCCUGCUGAAGAGAGCUCUCAGGAGUAAGAGGAUAGGUCAUUUUCUUUUCUGGUUCCUGAGGAGUGAGAUCGCCCAGUCCAUGCACUAUCAGCAGAGAUACUCUGUGCUGCUGGAAGCCUACCUCCGAGGCUGUGGAGAGGACAUGCUGCAGGACUUUAGACGCCAGGUGGAGAUGACAGAAGCCCUGCAGAAAGUCACCAGGGAGAUCAAGGCCAUGUCUGCUGAGAAAUAUGAUGUUUCUGCACAAGUUGUGUUCCAGCUGCGUCAGAAGCUGGAGAACCUGCAGACGUCUGGGCUGCCAGAGAGCUUCAGAGUGCCCUAUGACCCGGGUCAACGGGUUGGUGCUCUGGUGAUAGAGCAGUGUAAGGUGAUGGCCUCUAAGAAGAGACCGCUGUGGCUGCAGUUUAAGAGGGCUGACCCAUCCACCCUGUCCAGUGACACCAUCGGGGUCAUCUUUAAGGACGGGGAUGACCUCAGGCAGGACAUGCUCAUUCUACAGAUUCUGCUGAUCAUGGAAUCCAUAUGGGAGGAAGAGUCUUUGGACUUGUGCUUACUGCCCUACGGCUGUAUCUCUACUGGGAAUGAAAUAGGGAUGAUUGAGAUAGUGAAGGAUGCCACCACUAUUGCCAACAUCCAGCAGAGCGUUGUGGGAAGCACAGGAGCCUUCAAGGACGAGAUUCUCAACCAGUGGCUGCGGGAAAAGUGUGUGAGCGAGGAAAAGUUCCAACAGGCGGUAGAGAGGUUUGUGUUCUCCUGUGGAGGGUACUGUGUGGCCACCUACGUCCUGGGGGUAGGAGACAGACACAACGACAACAUCAUGAUCACUGAAUCUGGUAACCUGUUCCACAUAGACUUUGGCCACAUACUGGGGAACUAUAAGAGUUUCCUGGGUAUCAGUAAGGAGAGGGUUCCCUUCGUCCUCACCCCAGACUUACUCUAUGUCAUGGGCACAUCAGGGAAGAAGAGCAGCCCACACUUCCAGAAGUUCCAGGAUGUGUGUGUACGGGCCUACCUGGCUCUGAGGCAUCACACCAACCUCCUCGUCAUCCUGUUCUCCAUGAUGCUGAUGACGGGCAUGCCUCAGCUCACCAGCAAAGAAGACAUUGAGUACAUCCGCGAAGCGCUGACUGUGGGCCGGACGGAGGAGGAGGCACAGCGCCACCUGCUGGACCAGAUAGAGAUCUGCAGGGACAAGGGCUGGACCGUGCAGUUCAACUGGUUCCUACACCUGGUGCUGGGCAUCAAGCAGGGGGUGGAUAAACGCUCGGCUUAGGGGGCUCCCCUUGUGGUGCCAAUGGCUUAGUGGGCUGCCAACACCAGUGUGAUGGGUUCGAAUCCCACAAGGACCACACAUGUGACAACUGUAAACCACUUUAGGUACAAUUACUAUGUUGAUUAGACUCCCAAAUAAGGAGAGAGGGAGAUAUAGUCUGAGAUUAAAGUCUGGAUCUAAAAGUUUGGCAACUCUUCUCAAUGAUGUAACCAGCUGUUCCAAUACAUUACUCAUUGACUGUACCAUGGACUGUAUACAGUACCAGUCUUGCACUUUGCACUUUGCACUUUCAAGAUCAAAACCUGAUCUUACCAUAUGUUUAUGAGUUAUACAUACAUUUUGACUCCUGUUCGCUUCCUAAUGCACUGAAUCCGAUUGUAUCAUCUGUUAAUAUAACAUCAGACUUGCAUGACUGAUGGUGGCAGUACCAUAAUAAACCUGAUCAUAGAGAAA